AUGUACGCUCCCGUAUUGAAGGCUCUCUCUCAGCUUUUGCAUCCCUCGCAGUAUUACACCCCGUUAGUACGUCGCAGCGCCCGGAGAUACGGCCAGAUUGUGACUCAAUCGAAGGGUCGGCAGCUGUGCCUGCGCGCGACGAGAGUCGUCCACCGAGCUCCCGCUGCAUGCGCUGGAGAGAGCGCAGAUGCCGAAUCCGACGGCUCCUAUCGUCUUGCCGGCCCUGAAAUUCCGGAAUGUGUCCAAACGCGAGCAGAGCAUGAUGACAGUCGGGUUCCUUCUUCAGCUGAAGUUGAAGCUUUUGAAGUUGAAGCUAGGAACCGGAUCACGAUAGGUCUCUCGACUGAUCGCGACCCGCCGCCGGUCGAGUCUGUUUCUGAGGCGCCUCAAAAGCAGAUUCCCUCUUCACUUGAAUCCGAAGCUCGGAAUCGGAUUACGAUAGGUCUUUCGACUGAUCGCGACCAGGUCGAGUCUGUUUCUGAGGCGAAUCAAAGGCAGUCCCCGCCUUCGGUCGAAUUCGAAGCUCGGAAUCGGAUUACGAUAGGUCUCUCGACGGAUCGCGAAAGCUUCGAGGGUCCGAGCGGGGACGAUGGACGGGUUUCGUCAACACCUGCGACACGCCCCGCUGCAGAGCCGCCAUUGGUCGGCGAUGAUCCAAGCGAACGCGAUUUCGUUACAGGGGAUUCGCCAGGUGGUUGUAACGAGAUGACUACAGACUCGAAUCAAGGAGCGUCAGCUCGUAGUGCGAAUGCGAAACCUAAGAAGCCGCGGCAGGCCAAGAAAGUGAAGCCGCCAUUGGUGCGGGACAACGAGCCGCUGGACGUGCUGUACGAAGAUGAUUGGAUACUGGUGGUGAACAAGCCAGCAGGGGUGAAGCAUUCGCCGUUGCACCGAUUCGUGGGGGGAGCGUUGGUCAACCGAGUGGCCCAUUACCUGCAGGCUGAUCCAUUUACAGUGCACCGACUAGACAUGUUCACCAGUGGUGUCAUCUGCUUCGCCAAGACUCGCGCCAUCUCCCAGGCUCUCCACCAGGCCUUCCGUUCCAAAGACCAGGUGGCGAAGCAGUAUCUGGUGCUCGUGGUGGGGCUUCCUCCCUCAGACUCGUUUGUUAUCGAUGCCCCCAUUGCACGAGACCCUGACCAUGAGUUUGCGCGGAUGGUUGUGGGAGAGGAGGUUGGAGAGAGGAGGGGAGAGGGAAAUGCAGAGGAGCAGAGAGAAGGGAUGGAAGAGGAUGAGGCAGAGGAGCUUGGAGCGAUGAGAGAGGGGACAGGGGAGGAGACGGGUGGAAGGGGUGAGGGAGUGGGAGAGAGUGUAGGAGAGAGUGGGAUGAAGAAGGAGGGCAAGACACAGGCAGCAGUGACAGAGUUCCGUGUCCUUGCAAGAAGUAAAGCCUCCGGGGUAUCCCUCUUACAAGCUGUCCCAGUAACAGGGAGAACGCACCAGAUCAGAGUGCAUCUGCAGCACGCCAAGCUGCCUGUGCUAGCAGACCAUAUCUAUGGCGCCCUGCCUCUCAUGUGGGGCGAGCACUGUAGAGAGUGGUACAGCCAACUUGAGGAGACACACUCUGAUCAACCUAACGGGGACUCUUCUUUAAACUGCCAACUGCCCAAUGCCCCGAUUGAUCUAACCGGGGACCGCGAUGCGGACGGGGAAUUCGAGGCAGCUGUUGGGGGCGAUGUGUUCCUGGAUGCUCAGGAGGAAUUUCCGGCCUCGAACCCUGAAGUCGGGGUCGAGGGAAAUGUGACUGAGGGCGGAUUUCCGAGGGGCGGAAUUCCGAGGGGGGUGUUCAUUAAUCUCGCGGACGAUGACGAGGACCCCCACCGAGCGUUGUUUGAGGAGAAUUGGGAGGAAAAUGCUAGCCGAAGCCCAACCUCUGAAGAUAAUGCCACCUGUCGAAUUCUUUUUGUGGAAUCGGCCCGUGGCAAUGUGAACGGCCCAAAAUCAGAGGCGUCGCCCCAUGGAAGUGCACAUGGUGUCGGAUCGUCGGCUGCGCCCGCGGGAAAUGCUGAGGGACAAGAACCACAGGUUGCGCCACAGGGAAAUGCGGAGGGGCAAGCAUCGCAGGCCGCGCCUCAGAGAAAUGCAGAUGGGCCAGCAUCAGCUACGCACGAGUCAGUUCGAAAACAGGCCGACGUGGCCAGCAGGAUUCGCCGCGCAAAGGUCCCCUACGAUUAUCUCGCGGCGAAAACCAGAAAAGACUACAUCCUGUAUUGGCUGCACUACAAGUGGUGGGUCAUCAUGUUCAUGUCAACGCUGCCCAAGACUGAGGUUCCGGCGGCGGAGCGUCUGGACCCGCUGAAUCCUGACGAGGUUGGAAGCCAUCUGGGGAACGACAAAAAGGCGGAAUGGUCAACUGUGGAUUUGGAUGAAGUUUAUCUCCACGGGCCCCGUGUUACUGGAUGGAGGAUUCAGAGGUUCCUGCGGUACAUGGCAGAGGAAACCCCCGCGCAGGCCGAGAUGAUGCGGAGAGGCGAAGAAGUGGUGGCUGGAAAGGAGCCCAUCCCUAGUACGCCGAGCAUGAUGAAGGCAAAGAUGAGCGCUUUGGGCUUCCUGGGUAGACUUGAAGCUCGACUCUACGACUACCCGAAGGCCCAAGCAGAUGAGUACAUCAGCGAAUCGCGGGAGUACAUGAAGCUCAAGCUGAAACAGCUGCACGACAAGCAGGUUGCGUGA